AUGGCCUCGCGCAACUACGCCCAGGUCGCGCCCACCGCGGCGACCAUCGCCCUAAACGCAUACAUAUACGGAUACGGCGGCCACUCCCUCGUCACGCCUCACGCGGCCUUGAAACAACUAUGGUGGACCAACGAGCGCAUCGACGCCAAAGUCUCCCGCGCCUUCGUCGUCUCCAAACUGCGCGGCGAAGAGCGCGAGUUCCUCGACCGGCCCCUGGCCUUCGGCGAAGGCCUCACCGACGACACCUACAUGGAAUGGAUCCUCGACCGCGCCAAACGCCUCUUCCUCAUCCUCACCGAGAUCGGCGUCCCGGACCAGAUCUUCGGGUGCAUAGACGAUUCCUGGGACGACGACGACCUCCCCAUCCCGCUCGAGAACGUCUCGAGCUUGGAACUCUCCUACGAGAACGACGAAGCGCUCAACAAGAAGUUCUACGACAUGCAAUUCGUCUACCUCUUGCGCGAGCUCAAGGAAGGCGCGCAUCUGGACUACGGCCCCAAGGAGCACAUCCCCAUGGAGCACGUCAACACCGUCCCGCCGGCGGUGUGUCUGCAACCCUACGACCGCGUGCAUUUCCCCGGCCGCUCCGAGGACGUCUUCAUGCGGCGGAAGUUCUCGCUGACGGACCGCGACACGGGACAGAGCUACGACGCGGAUUUCGCGCGGGAUGUGCGGCGGGCGAAGACGAUGCCGCACGAGCAUGUCGCGACGACGUGGGCGUCGUACACGACGGAGAAUGCGGGGUUUGUGUUGUCGGAUUUCGUCGCGGAGCAUACGCUGGCGACGUUUAUCGAGCAUCGGACGCCUGCGCAGUUUAUGCGUGUCGCGGCGACGGAGAGGCCGGUCCUGGUGAUGGAGUGGAUGCAUUGUCUCGCGGAUGCGCUCGCAUCGCUUCAUCAUCGAGGCGUGGCGCAUACUCAGAUCCGGCCGUCGAAUAUCUGGAUUACGAGAGAGAAUAGGAUCGCCUUUGCUGAUAUUGGGAGUCUCGCGACGUUCCAGCGGGGGAAGAAGUUUCCCAAGACAGAGGCGUAUGAUUAUGCGGCUCCUGAGCAACAAAUCACCAAGACGCCGAUUACGCUGAAAUCCAGCCCGCCGCCCGUCAGCAGCAUGAGCGCAUUCAGCAAACUGCGCAAGAUGAGCGCGCAGUCGGUUUCCGACACGAGCAGUUCCACCAGUGGUUCCUCGGGCGGCAGUAGCACAAGAAGCAAUAGUUUCUGUGUCUCAGCCAGCCCCAUCACCCCACCCUCAUCCGGAAGGUCCAACAGCAUCACAACCAUCCAAACCGCAAUAUGCCCAUCCAUCAACGGAGGCGGCGGUCCCAAAUCCCCCAGCAGCAUCCGCAACUUCUCCCGCCACCUAGGCGUCCCCUGCCACUCCCCCACCAUCCCCACCGGCCCCUUCUCCCCCACGAGCUUCACCAGCGGCAGCAUGCUCCUCCCGCGGCCGACGACCAUCGAGCCGGACAACCUCCGCGACCUCCCCACCGCCGAGCCCAGCAUGUCCGACAUGUACUCGCUGGCCUGCGUCUUCCUCGACAUGCUCACCUUCCUGCUCCGGGGCAAAAUCACCGACUUUGUCAAAUUCCGCAGCACGAAAAUCACCGCGCCGGGGAAAGCUUCCUCGUCCGGCGGUGGUGGUGGUGGGAAACGCUACCGGACGGAUACGAGUUUUCAUUCGGAGCCGGAUAAGAUCGCCGCGUGGAUUGGGGUGUUGGAGGAGGAUAGUUAUCGGCAUGGGAUGCAGACUUUUCGGGGGGUGCCGGAGUUGUUGCGGCUGGUGCGGCUUAUGAUGGCGCAGAAUGCGACGUUGCGGCCUACGGCGCUGGAAGUUCGGGAUCGGAUUCAGGAGAUUCUGGUGGGGGAGUGUGGUGUGGAAUCUUUGUGUUGCGCGGGACGCGAGUGGGCGGAGAUCCAAGUCAAUGAGAAAGAUGAUGAGAGUACGAGGUCGCCGUUUAGGAGGGAUGAGCUGAGUAUCGCGACGGGGUUGUUGGAUAUGGCGCCGAGUGGGAGUGGGAAGGGGAGUCGGUGCGCGAGUGCGUGUGGCGAGAUGGCGGUGGCGUCGGAUCAUAUGAGUGUUUUGUCGAGGACGGAGUCGAAUUUGACGAGUAGGAAUAGGAGGAGGAGUUCGGCGAGUACGGCGACGGCGAGGUUGAGUUCUUGGAGGAGUCGGUUUAUGAGGUCGGGAUGA